AUGGCUUCAAAUAAAGCAACCAAUCUCCAAUACAGCCAGAAUCUUUUCCGCGCGCUCCUGCAGAUCCCCGACAGCUCCAGCAGUCCUCGCCCACCUGCCGGGCCCGGGCCAGGGGUGCACACUAGCGAGGCUUACGGUGACCUGAGUCACCUGGUGUCUGCCACCAUGAGUGGGGUCACCACAUGCCUGCGCUUCCCGGGCCAGCUGAAUGCCGACCUGCAGAAGCUGGCUGUGAACAUGGUUCCAUUUCCCCGGCUGCACUUCUUCAUGCCCGGCUUUGCCCCGCUGACCAGUCGGGGCAGCCAGCCGUACCGGGCCCUGACCGUGGCUGAGCUCACUCAGCAACUCUUCGAAGCUAAGAAUAUGAUGGCCUCCUGUGACCCCAGUCAUGGCCGCCACCUAACCGUGGCUGCCGUUUUUAGAGGUCGCAUGUCCAUGAGGGAGGUGGAUGAGCAAAUGUUCAACAUUCAGUAUAAGAACAGCAGCUACUUUGCUGAGUGGCUCUCUCAUAACGUGAAAACAGCUGUCUGUGACAUCCCACCCCGGGGACUAAAAAUGUCGGCCACCUUCAUUGGUAACAACACAGCGAUCCAAGAGCUCUUCAAACGCGCCUCCGAACGGUUUAUAGCUACGUUCAGGCGCAAGGCCUUCCUGCACUGGUACACGGGCGAGGGCAUGGAUGAGAUGGAGUUCACCGAGGCCGAGAGCAACCUUAAUGACCUGGUGUCAGAAUACCAGCAAUAUCAAGAUGCCACAGCUGAGGAGGAGAAGUUUGAGGAGUGUGCGGAGGAGGCGGAGGUAGCCUAGAAGCUUCCUUUUCUAGGUAAAGGGGGAAGCAGUGUGGA